GAUAAAAUGCAGGACAACUCAGCCGGUGCCUCCACAGAAGAGAGGACUGACUGACUGACUGACUGACUGACUGACUGCACACAGCAGAGCGUGAGGCCGUUCACUUACUGCUUCGCUGCCCCGUGCUAGCUGACACACACUCACCGCUCACUCUGACACACUCUCACUGCCUCUCUCUCUCUCUCUCUCUGUCGCAAACACACACCGGCUCUCUCCCUCCCAUACUCGCUCACUCCCUCUCUCUUUCUCUCUCUCAGUAUCACACACUCACACAUACACACACAUACACAGUCAGUCACCAACCCUCCUCAUUCAACUCCCUCUCAGCCACGGGUCAGCAGCUCAGACAGGCACCUUGUUCCUAUUCAGCUGGAAAGAGUAGAGCAUCGCAAGGUGCACACACACACACACACACACACACACACACGCACACAUACUUAAACACACACUCGCACAAAAAUACACAUAUCCAUACACACACACACACACACACACACACACACACACACACACACACACACACAGACAAACACACACAUGCGCAUCCUCACACAGCCCAGGACUUUUAUCUGUGGUACGGGAAAGAAGACCUCAGUCCAAGGAGGAGGACAAACAAGGAGCGACACUAAAGAGGAACUUUUAAAGGUGGAUUCAUAAACACUUCAUGAAAGGAUCGGACAAAUAGAGUCGGAAACAAGACAAGAAGAUGUCAACUGGAGAAACUCUGACCAGCUUGUUGCUGUAGGAAGGCCUGCUGUCAGCCCAAAGAGGAGAUUGGUCAUCUGUGACAUCCAGAGGAUCUGUGAGUGCCUCCCUUCUCUCUUCAGGACUCCCACCCUCUUGUCAUCCCACCACUGGGACAUCUCCCCAUCAUCAGCAUGCCUACAGCUUGCACAAGGUGCACCUUGGGAGUCUGACCCACCAUGUGCAGAUGGACGCCGUCCGCAGCUCAUCUCUGUCCUGAACCUGCCCUUGGCACCGCCACCGCUGCAGCCUACGCCGGGCGACCUCUCCCCCUACCCAGCGCGGCCUCCCUUUGCCUGGCAUGCUUCACCCUGCUCCUGGUCACCGCCGGCAGCGCCACAGGGGCCUGUCCUCCUGGGGUUGGACAUGAACCCCUUCAGGUGCUGGCGAGCGGCAUCAACUGUUCAUGGACGUUGGAAAGGCACACUCGCAGUUACAAUCACCUAGAGGGCGACGUCCGACUACGGCGGCUUUACUCUGCCAACAAGUUCUUCCUCUGUAUUGACAAAACAGGCAAGGUGGACGGCACCCGGCGGAAAAACUACGCAGACAGCCUGAUGGAAAUCCGAUCUGUCAGUGUGGGAGUUGUUGCCAUCAAAUCUGUCAGCACCGGGCUGUACUUAGCUAUGUCCAAGAAAGGCACGCUCUUUGGAUCGGUAAAGUACAACCCAAGCUGCAAGUUCAAGGAGCGCAUUGAGGAGAAUGGCUACAACACGUACGCCUCCCUCCGUUGGAAGCACGGCGGCAGGCAGAUGUUUGUCUCACUGAACGGGAGGGGGAAGCCACGGCGAGGUCACAAGGCUCGACGAAGACACCCGUCCACUCAUUUCCUGCCCAUGCUCCCCUCCUAGCUGCCCAAGUCUGAACUCUGACUCUGGCUCACCUGCCUCCUCACACUAGUGUUGAUCUAGCCGUGACGGCUAUCUUUAUUUUUAUUAUUCCAUCCUCCUGUCACAUAAAUGUACAUUUGUUGAGGGUCGUAACAUUUGUAGAGCUAGUAUAAUAUGUACUUUUAAGUUAUUUUCCCUAAUGAUGUUCAGUAAUACAGUAAAUAUACAGUAGAAUUAUACUAUCUCCAGGCAUCUGUCUGGCUACAGUAUCUGUCUGUGUGUCUGAACUGCAUGUAAAGUGGUGUUUGGGUGACUUUAAGAGGAAUAAAAAGGGACAGCAAAGCUAUUUUAGAUGCUCAGCUAAAUAAGAAUGGAAGCAUCUGGUACAGCAAAAAUUAUCUUUUUUACUUUAAGUAUGACUAUUAAAACAAAAAAGAAGCAACUUUGAAAUAGCUAUAAAUCAGGGCCAUAGCUACAAUUGAGGACACUGAUGUUCUCAGUAUUUUGGGGGACUUUUAGAGGGGUUGUGGUCACUCUCUACAAUUACAUUUUUCAAUGUAUCAUACCAUGUUAAACACCUUUCUCAUCUCCAUCACGUGGACCACCAUUACUGUAUGAAAAAUUCCCAUAUCGAGUGAUUUUCGGGUGUCUCACAUCUGAAAUCUAUAACAUUAUAUGUAAAACAAAUAUAUAUGUUUAAUAUUACAUGUGCAACACAGUUUCACAUAUGAUUAAUUCACAUUUACAUGUGAAAUGUAAUAGUGGAAUUAACGUGCUAUUUUUUGAAAGGUCAAAUCAGACUACUUUUAAGCCAACAAAACUAAAUAAAUGAAAAGCAAAAUUGGUGUUCCUCCACCAGAAUCUAUGUGAGGAGUAAUGUGGUGAGGGUGUAUAUAAUUAAAAUACAACAUGAGAAAUCUAAAUAAUUAAUGAAAACUUGGGGGAACUGGACUCAUGACCUUAGUAUUUCUAUCCUGGCUAUGGCCCUGCUACAAAUCCACCCGAUUUGACUGUUAUCAGUCCAUUAAAUAGGCGUUAUCAGUCGCUACAAGUACCAUAGAUGUGGGUCAUUAGGGGCCUACUA